CAGAAUCUCACGGUCUGAGCUGUGAAGAUUUGACUUUACUACGACUGGAUGUGUUUUAUAAACCCACUGAUGGAACACAGACAGUAACAGAAAGGGAUCAAUGAAUCCCUGGAAACACAAGCAGUGACAAAGGAAAACUGAAGAAAAAAGUAAAAGCAGCCAUGAAGGUCCAGAAUGGAUGGAGCUGCUCUGUGUUGUUUCUGCUCUACAUGACACACGUUGCCUUGACACAGAAGUUUGAUGUCAUUGGACCUUCUACUGACAUUUUUGCUCUUCUUGGUGAAGAUGUCACCCUACCUGCCACACUCUCACCACCUCUCAAUGUUCAGGGGUUUGAGGUGAGGUGGGUUAGAAAUGACUUCUACUCUGUGAUACUUUUAUAUCAGAACUUCCAAAUUAGAAAUGAGUAUCAGAUGCAGACCUAUAAGGGGAGGACUGCACUUUUCCCAGAAGAACUCGUGAGUGGAAAUGUGUCUUUGAGACUCCAGGAUGUCCGUAUUUCUGAUGGUGGUCUCUACAGAUGUUUGGUGGCCUCUGGACUAUGGAAUGACGAGGCUCACAUCACUCUGAAUGUUGAAGUUGUGGGCACUCAGCCUUCCAUUUCCAUCAGCACUGCAGAAGACCAGCAGACCAGACUGGAGUGCAGCUCUGAGAAGUGGAGCUCUCGACCUGAAGUCACCUGGAGAGACAUGAAUGGAGUGGAUAUGACGUCACAGUCCACCUUAACAGUACAACGGGAUGAUGAGGGUCUCCUCAGGGUCAGAAGCAUCAUCCCUAUCAAGCGGGAGUUCAAUGUGUUCUCCUGUCUGAUGAGAAGUAACACAACCAGACCGGCCUAUCAGUCCAAAAUGGGGGUCUACGUUUUCUCCCCAAACAUCUCUGGCUGGUCGGUGGUUUUCUGGUUAUUGAUUGGUCUUUGUGUCACAGCGACUGUGCUGCUCAUAUUGAAAUGGCGAGGAAUGACAGAUAAAAAAGCAACAUACAAGACCAAAGCAGUUGACAUUCUCCCUGUCUGGAACUUGCGCAAGGAAAUCGAGAUGGCACAACACCCAGCUUUGGCUCUGAAGUUUUCUAAAGUUAUUAAUGGAUUCUCUCAUGAAGAUCUCCUCAAGAUCACAGAGUACUACAAGCCCCAGCUGGCCUAUGUGAUGAACUUCGACAUCAGCAGUGUCCUGCAGCUCCUGGUCACCAAGCGCAUUCUCAACAACGAUGAGGCAAAGGGAGUCAAAGUCAAAGAAGAGUCUGAGGGCACACCAGGUGUGGAGUCCUUCAUUGAUGAGGUGAUGAAGAAGGACAAAGCAGUGCUGGUCAGCCUGUGGGAGGCGCUGGCUGAAGAAUUUGUGAGAUGUCCGUCACCAAAUGUGAAAGGAAUCCUGGAUGAGGUGACCGAGUGGGGACCGGACCUAUUGAAGGAGAUCCAGGCCAGCGCCCAGUCACCUCCCCUUGAGCCUCAUAUUAAAGACACCCAUGAAACACACAGAGUCACUGUGUCUGAAUCCACAAGACCUCUGGAUGAUCAGCAUCCAUCUGGAGAUUCACUCACUAACGUGGUGGGCCUUGAGACUCAAUACACAGAGCUGAUGGUCAUCAAACAGGACAUUAAAGAUGAACUGGUGAAGGCUGGGAAGACUCAGGAAAGACUUGAGGAAGAGGGAGCAAUAAAGAACUGUGAGCGAGUCUGGACAGAGCAGCUGUUUAAGAGAAGACCUCAAAGUAAAACACCACCCAAAAUCAUAGUGGUCAGUGGAGUGGCAGGUACUGGAAAGACCACCAUGGUCCAGAAGAUCAUGUCUGACUGGGCCAGAGGCACUCAGUACCAGAGGUUUGUGUUUGUGUUCCUGUUUAAAUUCAGGGAGCUCAACCUCCUGGACAAUGAGCCACAGAUGUCUCUGACCGCACUGAUUGAAAGGCACUAUAAACAUCUCACUCGUGACAAACUAAUGGAAAUCCUGCAGAAACCUGAAUCUCUGCUCUUCAUACUUGAUGGGCUGGAGGAAUACAAACGCAAACUGAACUUCACAGACAGUCAGCUCUGCUCAGACCCAGACAUUGAGGUGCCUGUCCACAUCCUGGUCACCAGUCUGGUCAGUCAGACAUUACUGAAGGGCUGCUCAGUCCUGAUCACAAGCAGACCGCCAGCUCUGGGGUCUCUGGACUUGGAGAGAGUUGAUGGAUUUGUAGAAGUUGUAGGAUUCUUCCCUGAACAAAGACUGAUGUACUUUAAGAAGUUCUUUGGUGACGCUGAUGUGGGCACCAAGGGUUUUCAGUGCUUGGAGAGUAACGCCAUCUUGUACUCCAUGUGCUUCAACCCCUCGUACUGCUGGAUUAUCUGCUCUGCACUGAAGAGCCACCUCAUGACACCUGAAGAAGAGUGUGGAGCUGCCCCCAGUACUGUCACUGAGAUCUUUGUGAUGUUCCUUCACAACAUCCUGACCAAUCACAGGCAAGAAGAUAAGGACCAAAGGAGGGUUCUGAUCAGUCUGGGAAAGAUGGCUUAUUAUGGGGUGGACAAUAAGACUCAUGUGUUUAAUGAGAAACAGGAGAUGUCCACCUUUGGUCUCCAGCCAGUCCUGUCCUCUUCGUUCCUCUCUGGUUUUCUGCACAGACAAAGCACUCAGGAGCACACGACGUACACCUUCUACCAGUUCACCUUGCAGGAGUUCAUGGCCGCCUGCUCCUUCUACUUCGAUCCAUCAGGGGGUGUCGAGGAGCUACUGAAGAAGCGAGACUCGUGUAAAGGGGGCCGAUUUGAGAUUGUCACUCGAUUCCUGGCAGGACUGGCUUGGUGUCCUGUGCUUAAAACAGUGGAGGGAAUUCUGGGGGAGUUUGAGGGGACAGACCACACAGCGGAUACAGGAGUGGGUGAGGCAGAAAGCUAAACAGGCGCUGCGAGGGGGAGAUCAAAGUGAAGCUCUGCGAGUUUGUCACUGGCUCUAUGAGACUCAGAAUGAGGAGGUGAUCAGAGACGCCAUUGGGAAGAACUUAAAAUGAGCUUUAGCAGUAUGACUUUAUCUGCUCUGGACUGUGCUGUGCUGGCCUCUGUCAUCAGCUGCUGUGGAGAACUUCAGCUCCUUAACCUGUCAUACACACCCCUGACCCCCGAGUGCAUCAGGAGACUGGCAAAGGGGCUCAGCUGCUGCAAUAAAGUUUGAUCUUAGGAAAAUAAUAUUAAAGAACACAAGCAGCUGAGCAAAACAAUGACAACUUCGUCACCUAAACGCAGGCCCUGAUCUUUCACUGUGCAGACCUCUUCAAAGAUGAUGCUGCUUACGUCACACAGAGAAACAACCAGAAUUGAAAGACCCCACAGGCAGUGUGAGGGCACCAUAGCAGGGCACAUUUACCUGAAAUACCCCACACUGUUGUUAAAAUACGACCUUAAAAGGCAGAAAACACUGAAACAGAUUGAAGAAUUAACAAUGUGUACGGUCAGCUGAAUUCACCUUGAAGGACUCUAGAACUCAUCUCCACUUAGAUACAGCACUGCUUCAUAUACAACAUAGAAGGUACUGAGCUGGAACUACUGAAGGCACCUGAGCUCAGAACGAUUAUUGUGUACCUCAGCGUCUUAGAAUCACAUCUCAGGAAACAAUUAAGAAAAUCAACUAAUAAAGAGAAGUUAAUGAAAUAACAGAAAGAGAAAAAGGACAAAAGAAACUGUGAGUGAAAAUGAGGUCCCAGGGUAUGGUGGGGUCUUAUCGGAGGUUCAUGCCUCAAAGCUUGGGGUCGGCUACACCCUUGGCUGAAGUGAUGAGACAGCGGGCACAGACUGGCUGUGAUUUGGACUGUCCAGAUAGAGGCCUCUUUCAAAGCCUUUAAGACAGAUUCAGGUACCUCCACUGAGGGCUCUCAAAUUCACCAGAUGGACUUGCGUGAUAAAUGACAGCAAACAAUGUUGUCCAGGAGCUUUGAUGGUGUAGACUUGAUUCCUGUGCAUAUCAGCUGCCAAACACCACCACUGAUAGGCUGUGCUGCCACAAUGGGGAGGGUGGGUAUUGGCACAGUUCAACCAGAUGAGACAAGAACCAUGUAGUAGAGAACAUGAGUGCCUUCCAUCACAGGGAGAGUUCUCUGUUCUAACCCCAAAAUGACGACAUAGUACCGUACAUGGAAUUGGACGUCAUUCUUUAAGGCUUGGUGUCAUAAAACUGUUCAUCUGCACUAAGCUACAUCAGAACUCUAAGUAGCAAGUCAAACAGCCAGCUGAAGACCACCUUUGUCAUGUUUGGUUGUGUCGGUGUAACUGGCUCAAGACCGGGUCAGGUAAACUUUUCACAAGCCUUCUAUUACCCAACACUAUGCAUCUAAGGAGGCCGAGCUGACUGUGACGUCAGGUGGUUAAAAUUCUGAACUGAAAAGCCAAGAAAAUCUGAAAAUCUGGAGAACAUCCAGCAUCUCUAAUGUGGACUUCAGUAUGUGUUAUGGUGUAUAAAAUCUGUACAUUUUGGUUUCCAUUAUAUUUUGUUCGAGACAAGACAACAAAUCAAAACAGGUAAUUUUUCCCUUACAACUCACUUUUAAAACAGCUGUUUCAACAUUAAAAAGAAGACAUUCUGGCGGCACAAUUACUUUAUAACCGGUGAAAGGAAGACUAAGCCAUGCCUUAGGCUAUUGAUUACUUUAUGGAUGGACACCUGGGACAACAAUUUGGUUUACAGCCUGGGAAAGGAGGACAUGAAGCAGUAUCAAAGAACUUUUUUAUCUGGGAAAAGAUAGAUUAAAGAGUUUGAGCAAAAUUCAUCAAUCAUAUUGACA